AUGGCAACAAAUCUGACCGAGACCUUCGUUCAUUUACCUCAGACCGCCGAGGAACAGAACCAAGUCCUGCUCAACGAUGACUAUGGCAAGUACUAUCCUACCGAUCCCCGAAACCUCAAUCUCCAGUCCAACUUUGGCCCCAUGAUCCCUGAGCAGAUUGCUUACCUGCAACCAACAGCGAAAGACACUCCUGUUGAGAUCAUACGCGACCGUUUUCUACGCGACAUAUACGUGUUUGUCAAAGCUCUCCUCCCCAAAGACAGAGUCCUCGACUGCCGUCGCCGCUACUUCUCCCAUAUGGCCCCCUCCAGCCUCCUCAAGGACGGCUCAGACCCCGUGGACGGCAUCUUCAGCGAAAAGGACACCCGGAAGUUCCUUCCCCCAGGAAACCUCCGACGACUCUUCGGUCUCCAGAACGACGCAGAGUCCGACCAAUACCUGGAAUUGAUGAUCAGCGCCCACGAGGCACCCUUUUACCUCGACUUCUGCACGACCGAGGAACUUCGCCCCUUCAUCCGGAAGUUCGCCGGCUGGCGGGACAUCACCAUGCUGCAGCGCACGAUGCUCCGCGCCUUUGUGCCCGACAGCGAGCUGACCCCCGUACACUUUGAUCAGAUGUAUCUUCGCGCUAGUCCGCCCAUCAGUCUGACGGCGUGGGUGCCGGUCGGGGAUGUCUCGCUGGAGGCUGGCGGGCUGAUGACGGAGGCCGAGUUCGGUCGCAAUGCGGGGGAUUUGACCGAUGAGGAACGUGUGUCGGCGUUCAAUAAGAACAUGAACGAUGGCGGCUUUCUGAGUCGCGAUACGGUCUCCUACGGCAAGGGAGAGGAUCGGAGGUGGUUAAUCACGGAGUAUGAGGCCGGAGAUGUCAUCUUUCAUGAUCCGUUUCUAGUGCAUGCAAGUUGCAAGAAUAAGGAUCCAGAGAGAAGGAUUCGUUUGGCCACGGAUUUGAGGUUCGUGGAUGCGAAUCAGGCGUACGAUCAGCGGUGGAUGAAAGUCUGGAGACCACUCGAUGGUUUGUAA